GGUGAGGAUGCGGGCGUGGUCAGGUCCAAGUACUCGUGGAGGGUCUGCGGGCAGAGUGAACACUUGCUUGCGUUGUAAGGAUGGGGGAGGAUUAGAAAGAGAGAAGAAGGAGAAAAAUCAGUUCAUCAGGGUAGAUGGUGAAAAUCUUCGUGAACUGGUGACGAUUCUUCCGCCAACGGAAAGAGCAUUGGCGGCGGAGAGAACAAGUGCCAAGGGCCUGAGAUGGGAUAGCGUCGGUAUGUGUGGGGAAGGCCGAGAAGCAAAUGGACCGCUGAUGGAAGGAUUAUCAAAAGAAAGGACAGAUACUAAGCACAUGGAUUGGACGUUGGAAGGGAGUGUUCAAAGAACAGCGUCUCCAGGACUGUCUGGACAAGAAGGCACACAAGAGGACAGAGGCGAAGACGGACUCUCUGAAAGCUUCCAGCUUCUGCAGAUCGAAGUGGAGUGGGAGCACCAAGAGCAGAGGGCCCAGGCCUCAAGCAGUGCAACAUGGAGCUCGAAAAAUGUCCAGAGAAAACAGAGACACUGGGAAAAGAUAGUUGCAGCAAAGAAGAGCAAAAGAAAGCAAGAAAAAGAAAGAAGAAAAGCUAAUCGUGCAGGAAAUCCAGGCACCUGCUCCCAGCACAGCAAGCGAUUUUUGAAAGCCUUAACCAAAGAGAAACUUGUGGAGGCCAAACGCUCAGGACCAAGAUUGUGCAUCGACUUGAGUAUGACGCACCACAUGUCAGGGAAGGAGCUGAGCAGGCUCGCUGGACAGAUCCGAAGGUUGUAUGGUUCAAACAAGAAAGCCGUCAGGCCCUUUUGGAUCUGCCUCACUGGGUUCGCUACUGACAGUCCCCUCUAUGAAGAAUGUUUGAGGAUGAAUGACGGAUUUUCUACUUACCUACUAGACAUGACAGAAGAAGACUGCUUCGAUUUAUUUCCUCUGGAAACCCUUGUGUACCUGACUCCUGACUCAGAACAUGCUCUUGAAGACAUUGAUCUAAACAAAAUUUACAUCCUCGGUGGACUUGUAGAUGAAAGCAUUCAGAAGAAGGUGACAUUUAAAAAGGCUCAAGAAUACUGUGUCCAGACAGCCCGUUUGCCAAUACAGGAAUACAUGGUGAAGCGCCAGAAUGAGAAGAAUUACCAUUCAGAAAUAUUGGCCAUUAAUCAAGUGUUUGAUAUCUUGUCCACUUACUUUGAGACUCACAACUGGCCUGAAGCACUGAAGAAAGGAGUGUCUUCAGGAAAAGGAUAUGUCCUUCGAAAUUCAGUGGAAUGACAGACAGCAUAUUGCACCAUGGGAGAGGAAGUGCUAGAGGUAUCUUGACCAAAGACAAGGGGUGGCUGCACAUACACUUGCCUUUACUUGUCAUCUUUGAUCCUUGUAAGAUAUGGACAGGGACCACAUCUCAAGUUUUGUAUUACCUACCGUGCCUGGCUCACAGAAGUACCUGGAUAAAAUAUUACCAAAAAAAAAAAAGGUUCAUGACUUUGGAUUUUAACUUAUCUUUUGUAUGUUUAUGUGUGACUUACUGUUAGAGAUUGUUUAAAUGAUUGUGAAGAGCUUAAUUUCGCUGAACAUGGAUAAAAAUGUGCUGGUUUUUUCCCAGCUCAGUGAUCUGCUGCACAUAGCUUUAUUGUCUUAGCCCAGGCUGGCCUGGCCCUACUUUGAGCUCCUAUAGCACUUUCUUUUCUCCCGUGGCUCUUGUCCUGUUCUCCUUUGCUCUGAUUAUGAGCAUGGAGGGCUCCUCACUUCCCAUGUGUUUGAAUAUCUUUGUGUGUCCUUUUGAGCCUUGAACAAGUUAGAUUCUUUAUACACAUGCACAGCCCAGAUCUAAUUGAGAAACAAAUAUUGUUAAUAAAGAUAAUUGAAAAUA